AUGGCCUCCAGCAACAUGGCUAUAGGCAUGACAUUCUUAUCACAGACUGCUGUUGGAAUUCUGGGAAACUUCUCUCUGCUUUAUUAUCAUUUGGUUCUUUCCUGCAAUGAGUGUACAUUGAGGUCCAGAGAUUUGAUUCUCAGGCACCUGACCAUAGCCAACUCCUUGUUGAUUCUCAGUAGAGGAAUUCACCAGACAAUGACAGCUUUUGGGUUGAAAUAUUUCUUCAGUAAUUUUGGAUGCAAACUCAUCCUAUACAUGCAGCGAGUGGGCAGGAGUGUUUCCAUUUUCAUCAUCUGCCUCUUGAGCAUCUUCCAGAACAUCACCAUCAGCCCCAUGAACUCCUGUUGGAAGGAUCUCAAAGGAAAAGCUCCAAAGUACAUUGGCUUCUCCAUUUCCCUCUGCUGGAUCCUGUAUAUGGUGGUAAAUUCCAUUUUUCCUCUCUAUGUACUUAACAAAUGGAGUAGUGAAAACCUGACAGAGAAAAGAGAUCAUGGGUACUGUACUUCUGCAGUCCGUGAUAAAAUCAUAGACUCGUUAUAUGCAGCAUUGUUUGUAUUUCCUGAAGUUGUCUUUUCUGUGCUCAUGAUCUGGUCCAGUAGCUCCAUGGUUCUCCUUCUGUACAGGCACAAGCAGAGGGUUCAGCACAUCCACACCAUCAAAGUUCCCCCCAGAUCUUGCCCUGAGUCCACAGCCACCCAGAGAAUCUUCCUGGUGGGCACCUUUGUGAAUUUCCACACCCUCUCCUCCGUAUUAAAUUUGUAUAUUGCUCUAUUUUCCAAUCCGGUUUGGUGGUUGGUGAAAACCAAUGACCUAAUUUCACUAUGUUUCCCCACUGUCAGCCCCUUUAUUCUCAUGAGCCGGGAGUCUACAAUAUCCACUUUAUCCAGGCUCUGCUUUGUUUGA